UUUGAGACCGUUUCUCAGUAUUGCCAGAGAAAAGUCGAUUCUCACUUCAGCGAAGAAAUGCAAACUCAUCUCCUAUCAUGUCUCCCGCUUCCCCAGCCUCUCCUCGAGAGCCAGUGCAGCAUUCUUCUGGACUGUAUGGGCUCGCUGUCGGCAGUGAUGCAAGCCUCUUUCGAAGAGUUGCAAGAACGAGUUCCGCUGGACCGAAGCAUGCUUGAGUCAAUCGUAGCUUGGUUUCGUU